AUGGCACAGCGAUUCAUUCCAUACUCGGUCGCCAUGGUGACUCCAUUCACCAAAGCCGGCAAUCUUGACGUGGCAUCGGUACCUCAGGUCGUAAAGUAUUACCUGGAUCACAACAUUCCUGGUUUGCUUGUCAGCGGAACGACUGGUGAGCAGCAUUGCAUGACGAUUGCAGAACGCAAGCAACUGUACAGUCUGGUUGCUCAAGCAGCAGCAGGCACCAACUGUCAACUUUACGCGGGUGUUGCUGCGUUCAAAACGAACGAUGCGAAAGAGUUGGCCAAGGCCGCAAAGGAAGCCGGAUUUUCGGGCAUCAUGCUCGGUUUUCCACCUUACCGCAUUCCAUCCCAACAAGAAGCGCAAGUGUAUGUUGAGCAAGUUGCGUCGGCCGCCAAAGACUUACCCUGCUUCUUAUACAACAAUCCUCGACGCAAUGGAUUCACUGUGGAACCAGAAACGUUUGCACGGAUCGCCAAAUCGGUCGACAAUGUCUUUGGUCAAAAGGAGGCCGGUUCUCCCGAGAAUGUCAACAAGAUGAAGGCUCUGUUGUCGAACGAUCAAGCUACCGCAAACUCUCUUGGACAGUACAGCUUCUUUACUGGUUCGGACUCAUCGAUCAUUGAUGCUUUCACAAGGUACGGAUAUACAGGCAUCACGUCGAUUGCUGGCAAUGUUUACCCGGACCAGGUUAAGGCGAUCGUUGGCCAUUUGCUGAGAAAGGAAACGGAGCAAGCUAAACAGAUCAUGGAAACCAUUGCUCCCGGAAUUGAACUUUUGGAAAAGGCUGGUAUGAUCCAAAGCAUCAAAUAUUUGCUGCGCAAGCAGAACGUGCCCAUUGGUUACUGUCCGCCGCCUAUUCAAGACAUCAGCGAUGAAGUCAAGGAAGCAUUAGAUGAAAUUCUUUUCAAUAAUUAG